CGGUGUCAAGUUUUUCCUGUUAAAGAUGGCGGCGACCUUGUGUGGAAAGUUGCUACCUAAACAGGGUUGGCUGCCGCUGAUACAGAGUGUCCGUCACGGCUCCAAGGCGGUGACUCGACACAGAAAACCCCUUCACUUCCUCAAACAGAAGCUGCUCGCUGUUACUCGAUAUGUUCCUCCUAAACCGGUCGUUCCCAAAGGCGCAUAUCCGGCUGAAAAACAACAAGUCCAGAAGGAUUCUGAUUUCGUGUUAAUCCUGAAGAGGGAUUUGAAGAAGCUGUUCCAGGAGUGUAAAAUGAUCGCAGUGGUACACAACAGCAACAGCACCGUCGAAGAAAUGAUUAAUCUCAAGUACAAACUUUACAAACAUGGCAUCACUGUCAAGUUCUUCCCCAAUCAGGUGAUGCGGUCAUUUCUGAGUGACAGUGUUCACUCCAACAUGGCUCCUCUGAUUGUCGGUCCAACAGUUCUGUUCGUCAGUAAAGAACCGAAGGCGAAGGAGAUGCUGAGGACUCUGAGGUCCAGUCCACAGAUGACACUCCUGGGAGCCUGCAUAGACGACACGCUGCUGAGCGCGCAGGGCGUCGUAAACUACUCCAAGCUGCCGUCGGUGUCCGUGGUCCAGGGUGAGCUGGUCAGCGGACUGACCAUGAUGACCUCCCACACAGCCUCCAUGCUGCAGCGCCACCCGGCCCACCUGUCCGCCCUGCUGCAGCAGUACGUCAAGCAGAACAGCUCGGAGGAAGCUCCCAAAGCAGAGGAGGCCACGUAGACCUGCAGACAAAGUUACCUGAACUGUUGACUUGCUGAUUUUACAGCCGUGUGGAAAAAUUCUGCACCAGGAAGACUUUUGAGAUUGGGAAAAAGUCGGCAAAGAAGAAGCUCAACCUUUAGCUUUGGCUGAUUGAAUGCACCUCUGGCUCCCGGUGGAAUUACUGAAUGGACAAUGCUGCAAAAAUUUCAGUUUCACCCUUUGUGCUUCCUUAUUUUAAGGAUAUAGUCACAUGUUAAUAAAUAACAUCUACUCUA